AGCUAGAGAGAGAGAACUUGAGAGAGAAUAUAAUGGCUGGAGGUGGGGAAGCUACUGCCGACGUAUACACUCCUACAUGGGUUGUAGCCGUCGUUUACACUGUCAUUGUCGGAGUUUCAUAUGGUGUAGAACGUCUUCUUCAUCAUGCCGGAGAGCGCCUUAAGAAGGAGAAUAAGACGGCCCUCUACGAAGCUCUUCAGAAAAUCAAAGAAGAGUUGAUGCUGCUGGGUUUCAUAUCGCUGCUUCUGACGGUUUCAGAGAAAAGGAUCGUAAAAAUCUGCGUGUCGCCGGGGGUGACCGAUGAUAUGAUGCCUUGCUGGACGAAAUCUAAUCAUUCUGCAACUGUCAGUCAUCUUCCUGCUGCGGCGGCGCCACCAUCAUCUGGUGCCGAAAUCGAACAUUGUGCUGCUCAGAACAAGGUUCCCUUGAUAUCCCUUAAGGCCAUCCAUGACCUGCAUAUCUUCAUAUUCACUCUUGCUGUAGUCCAUGUGAUCUAUUGUGUUCUCACAGUUUUCAUUGGAAAACUCAAAAUACGACACUGGAGGCACUGGAAGGAUUCAAUUGCUGAAGCGGAUCAGAUAGAUCCGCAAGGAUGGAGCUCUCAUAAUCUGAUGACUUGGUUGCAUUGUUUUUGGAAGCAAUUUUGUGGGUCCGUAAAUGAAUCGGAUUAUGUGACAUUAAGAAGGGAGUUUAUGAAGAUUCGCGAGGCAAAUCCGAAGUUUAGAUUUCAUAAAUACAUGAUAGAAGCUCUUGAAGUUGAUUUUGUCUAUGUUUUUGGCAUAAGUUGGUACCUUUGGAUCUUUGUGGUUAUCUUCUUCUUAAUUAAUGUUAAUGGCUGGUACACAUAUUUUUGGAUAGCGUUUAUUCCACUUAUUCUUCUGCUAGCAGUUGGCACUAAGUUGGAGCAUGUACUUAUGCUAUUAGUUCGUGGAGUAGAUGCAAGCAAUGCUGAUGAUCACUUUUGGUUCCGUCGGCCUUCCUUUGUUCUCUUAUUGAUUCACUUCAUCCUUUUCCAGAACUCUUUUGAGAUUGCAUUCUUCUUCUGGACAUGGCUUAAGACUGCUUAUAGCCCUCACGCCUGCGUAAUGGGACAAUUCGCUUAUGUCAUCGUCAGGCUCGUUAUUGGGUAA